UUACCUGAUGUUUAAAACCAGAUUGGCACUUCCUAGGAGUGUUUGUCUUGGUAACUGCAGGUGCAUGAAUUGCAAACAUGGCAGCUGCAGCUCAGCCUACUCAAGUACCCCACCCCCGCCACCCGGCCCCAGGAGCAGGGCCUGGCCCCAGGCCGGGGCAUUACAGGGGACCCCACGGCGAGGAUCCACACCAGCGUACCCCUCGGCCAUUUUUUUAUGUGCAACCUCCCCAGCCUUACCUGCCGUAUCAAUGGGCAAUGCCUUAUAACCCUUACUGUGGGUUUCCUGCAAUGGGUUAUGGCAUGGUGCCCCCUUUUGCUCUCCCUCCUCCACCCCCUCCUGCUCCGUAUGUUGAUGGUCCUAGCUUCAUCAUGCCCCACACACCGUUGCACUUGGUGGACUACAGGCAGAUGAUCAACCCACAGAUGAUCAACCCGCAGAUGGCCCCGGCCAUGGCCUACCAGGCGCGCCGCUUCCGCUACCACGCCACCCAGCCACGAGUCAUGGUCAGCUCAGAAGUCCAGACGGAACCGGUUGAAGGAACAACAGUCCCCAGCCCCUCUCGCAGCACCUCCUCUGACGGUGGACCAAAUGGCCCCGGUAAUUCAGGGGAGUCGGGACGGGGCACGUGCUGCAUCAGCACGGCGUCGGUUUCGACCAACACCUCCAUGUCUAGUUCGCCCACUCCAGCGAGGAUCCCUGACUGCUCUGAGCCCGUGGUGGCAGCCGCAACCAAACGCCUGUCCAGCAGCACCCCUUUCGGUGGUGCCGCAAGUCCCAAGACCUCCAGGGUCUUCCAGAACCAUGUUCUGUUCCAGGCUGAGGAGGUGCAGAUCGAAUGCAAUGGGUCUGAUUUUCAGAUUGCGCACAGAGAGGAGACUGCACAGCUGGUGUCCGAGACCACUGGGCCAGCACUGAACAGCACCACAGGGGCUCAGGUGUUGACUAUGGAGAUGGAAGGCGCUGUCCAGAACCUGUUGCCUCAACUACAGCCGGAGAAGCUCCAGGAAGACGUGGUGGUGGUGGAUGUUGCAGCGGGUGAGCAGAUAACUGUGAUGGCUGCUGCUGAUUCCUCAGACGCGACCGGUGUCCCGCCAUGCCCAGAUAUUCUCCUCAUGGGAGCAUCGCCAUCUGCUGGCAAUGUGGAGUCGUCACCACCGGUGCCAGAGGGGUCUGCUAAAAAGGCCCCCACCCCAAGGGCAGCCACGCCAAGGGCAGCCACUCCGAAUCCAGCAACACCAAAUGCGACCGUUUUAAACGCCAGCUCGGCUGAUCAAGCUGAAAACGUUGCACUUGAUCACAGCACGUCCGUUGUGCUCAGCACAGAUUCCAAGAUGGUGUCUCAAGACAAGGCUGAAGUGGAACUUGAGGUGGUUGGCCAGCAGGGUCUCUUCAACAGUAAGGACCCACCGUGCAAGGUGUUGCACCUGCCCUUCGAGUUACAGUUUGGGGAAGUGCAGCACAUGGAGACGUCUGUGUGGUCCGUGGAGUCGCUGAUGCCUUACAUCCCCAACAGGGAGUGGCUGAUCCAGAACGGCCUGGCCACCCAUGUGGAGGAUCCAGCCGAGUCCCUGCCGCAGGACCAGGAGCCCAUAGUGGCAACUGAAGCUGACCUGCACGACGCCAUGAUGUCCCUGCCGGGCCAUGACGGGCCCUCUGGCAGUUGGCUAACUGACUUUGGGAAUGUCUUCUACUACCGCAAGUUUCAGCCAAACGGGCAGCCGCAACCGCAGCACUGCAGCCAUGCGAGGAAGCUGAAGGCUGGACUGCACAUGUCCCAAAGCUCGGAGAGUCUUUCUUCAAGGCGUGCCGAGGAGAGUGGCAGACGCAAACCGAGAGCUGGAGUUCCUAGUGAUCUAUCUGACGGUGAGGGCCAGCCAACAUCUCCUCGACGAGAGGGUCUGCUGUCCCCUUGUUCUCGCCACAGGCAGUGUGUCUGCGGUCGGUCACUGACUAAACGUGGCAGCGCCGCAACAAGCCCCACCCCGAGCAUGAAGCGCCUAAGGCCCCCCAACAGUCAGCCAAACGAUCCAUCCAGAUCUCCAAGAGAAGGAGUCUGCAAGUGUGUUCCUAUUGGUGGCAAGGGGAACAACCCGACCAAAGGAUCUGGCUCCGAUGUCCCUGGUCGCCUGAAUGACGAGGACACGACGGACGGAGAGGCCUCCGAAAAUAGUUUGGGGUCACUGACGGGAGUGAAGAGGUCCUCCGCACAGAAGCUCCUGCACGCUGGCCGGCACUCUGACAAGUGCCCAAUGGCCCAGCGGUCCAAGCUGAGGGAGCAGAACUGUUCGUGUGACGUGCCCAGGUGCGGACACCUCUCCUGGGACCGAGGGAGCAGCAUGCACAGCCAGCACAGCCAGCAGAGUGACCCCGGCUGGGAAAGAGGAUUUCCAUUUGGCCAUCAUUCUGAAGACAGGUUGCCAAGAAGAUCUCUGAUGUAUGAUUCUGUUCCUGUCAAGGGUCCAAAUCAUAAACCUCAUUUACAAUCACAAGGAAGUCACAGAAAAAUUUCACGCUGUUGAUUUUGAAACACAACCACAUGGAAUGAAGUGAAGACACAUUUUUAAUAUCACGUGUUGAAUUAUUUUAAAAAGAUUUAUAUCACAUUACACUCACUUUUUUACAAUGAAUAAAUGCAUCACUUUAUAUAAA